GCCUUUCACAGCAUCUCAUCUCUGUCUCUUUUUCUUUUAUCUCAUUAAAAUAAAAGAGAAAUGGAAGAUUACGAGAGAAACUUAAACUCUUUAGCUCUUGAAGAAGAUUCUGAUGUACGGAAAGGUCCAUGGACCGAGGAAGAAGAUGCUAUUCUCGUCAACUUCGUCUCUAUCCACGGUGAUUCUCGUUGGAACCACAUCGCUCGUUCUUCAGGGCUUAAGAGAACUGGUAAGAGUUGCAGGCUAAGAUGGCUUAACUACUUGCGGCCAGAUGUUAGACGGGGCAACAUCACUCUCGAAGAACAAUUCAUGAUCCUCAAACUCCAUUCUCUAUGGGGCAAUAGGUGGUCUAAGAUUGCACAAUAUCUACCUGGAAGAACAGAUAAUGAAAUAAAGAAUUACUGGAGAACUCGGGUGCAAAAACAAGCUAAACACCUUAGAUGCGAUGUUAGUAGCAAUCUUUUUAAGGAGACUAUGAAAAAUGUUUGGAUGCCAAGAUUAGUGGAAAGAAUCAACGCCCAAACAUCACCACCCACGUAUGACCCAGUGGAGUCUGCAGUGAUCACCGACCCAGGUCAAUCUAUAGACAAACAAGCUCCGGUCGAACCGAGUUUCGUUUUAGAGCCGGUUUAUCAGCAGCAGCAGUUCGUACCGGCAUCGGACCUGUCCGCAACGUCUUCAAAUUCGCCAGCUGAGGCGUUAUCGGACGUUCAAGGCAGGGUAGUAAACGGGUCUGGUUAUGAUUCGGCGGGUCAAACGGGUUUCAUGGAGCUAAACGAUUGGGGCUGUGAUGGUGGGGACAACUUGUGGACCGAUGAUGAGAGUUUUUGGUUCUUGCAGGACCAGUUCUGCCACCAGACCACAUCCUAUUCGUAUAAUUAAAAAAAAUAUACGAUUACGAUACGGAACGAGGAAUUCAAUUGCGUCACGUUUGGUGUAAUAUUCAUUCGUGCGCGGUGCCAUUUUAGAUACGGUCUUGGUAUACGAAUCUUGAUUUUUCUUUUUCCGUUUAAAUAAAAAUCUGAUUAUCACGUACGUAAGGAUAACUGUGAUUUGUGAUCUAUGUAAAUUAUUCAAUAUACGUUUUCUAAUCGUCAAGUACUAACUCGAAUCAAUUCAUAUUUGAGUAGGUCCGUCUUAGUUACGACGAAACAUGCAAGGAUCACGCUAAAUAACACUCGUCAGAACAUGACUUAUUUUGUUGCUUGAUGGUCAAACCAUUGAUUAUUUACCAAAUCACCC